AUGACACUUGAACUCAUUCCGAAUAGUGAUCUAAUUUUUAAAGGCCCAUUCAAUGUCGUUUCAAUAACAACACUUAAAUUAUCAAAUAGUGGAAAUGAACGACUGGCUUAUAAAAUUAAAACAACGGCACCAAAACGUUAUUGUGUGAAACCAAAUAGUGGUUUUCUUGAUGCACAUGCAUCUACUAAUAUACAAGUUAUGUUACAACCACAAACAGCUGGUCAACCUGAUGAUCGUACUAAACAUAAAUUUAUGGUGCAAUGGGUUGCUGUACCAAGUAAUUAUACAGAAGAUGUGGAUAAUUUUUGGAAACAAGAUCUCAAAAGUCUUAAUGUACAAGAUUCAAAAUUAAAAUGUGUAUUUUCUGAUGAACAAGCAGCAGCUGUUGUACCUAAUGAUUCACAUGGACAUCGUGAAGUAGAUGCAAUUGAAUCAACAAAUUUAACUGAAAAUCGUACACAACAGCAAACAGCGCCUUCAUCAUCAUCAGUUUUAAAUCAAAAAUCAACAUCACCGACUGUUUCACGAUCAAUAAAUCCUCUUUCAUCUCAAAAUCAAGAUCGUCAACAGGUUCUGUCUUAUGUUUAUUGGAUUAUAUACGGAUAA